CACACCACACGCACACGCACACGCGCGCGGAUCCGCCGCUGCCACUGCAGCUGCCAUGGACAUCAGCUAACACCACACACCCAGGCGCGCGCUCCCACUCGCACGGCGCAGGAGUGGCCCCCGGCAUCCCUGCCCGCCGUCACCACCCCCACCCCACCCGCUCCCCGCUCCGCCACUGCUCGCUCGGGCCGCCGCCGCCGCCACUGCUCUCCGCUGCGGGGCCACAGCCCUGAGUGUCAUUCCAGGGACAGCACCACCUCACCCCAGCUCUCCCACCUCUGCCCAGCCGCCCCGCUCCUCCCUCCCCGUCCGCGUCCACACUCCAUCCCAAGAAGAGGGAAAGCGCCGAACAGAGGUGGGAGGAAAGCAAAGUCCGCUCUUCUCACCUCUGGGCCCCCCACCCCGGCUCCUCCAUCCUCAUCCUCUCACCGCCCACACCCCUGCCCCGGAGGAACCCCUCAGGAGCCGAGGCGACUCGCCCCACUGCCAUGUCCAAAAGCUUGAAAAAGAAAAGCCACUGGACCAGCAAAGUCCACGAGAGUGUCAUUGGCAGGAACCCGGAGGGCCAGCUGGGCUUCGAGCUGAAGGGGGGUGCGGAGAACGGCCAGUUCCCCUACCUGGGGGAGGUGAAGCCCGGCAAGGUGGCCUAUGAGAGCGGCAGCAAGUUGGUGUCGGAGGAGCUCCUGCUGGAGGUGAACGAGACCCCCGUGGCGGGGCUCACCAUCAGGGACGUGCUGGCCGUCAUCAAACACUGCAAGGACCCCCUGCGGCUCAAGUGUGUCAAGCAAGGAGGAAUUGUUGAUAAGGAUCUUCGUCACUACCUCAACUUACGAUUUCAGAAGGGUUCCGUGGACCACGAACUUCAGCAAAUCAUUCGUGACAACCUCUACCUCCGCACAGUGCCAUGCACUACAAGGCCACAUAAGGAGGGCGAGGUCCCCGGAGUGGACUAUAUCUUCAUCACUGUUGAAGAUUUUAUGGAAUUAGAGAAAAGUGGUGCUCUCCUAGAAAGUGGGACUUACGAAGACAAUUACUACGGUACCCCCAAGCCUCCAGCAGAACCAGCACCAUUACUAUUAAAUGUAACAGACCAGAUACUUCCGGGAGCCACGGCAAGUGCUGAAGGAAAACGGAAGAGGAAUAAAUCAGUGAGCAACAUGGAGAAAGCCAGUAUAGAGCCUCCUGAGGAGGAAGAGGAGGAGAGGCCUGUGGUCAAUGGAAAUGGAGUAGUAGUAACACCAGAAUCCAGUGAACAUGAAGACAAGAGUGCAGGUGCCUCAGGGGAGACACCCUCCCAGCCUUAUCCUGCACCAGUGUACAGUCAGCCCGAGGAGCUGAAGGAGCAGAUGGAUGAUGCAAAACCAACUAAACCUGAAGAGAAUGAGGAAUCAGACCCACUGCCUGACAACUGGGAAAUGGCCUACACAGAGAAGGGUGAAGUCUACUUCAUUGACCAUAACACAAAGACAACAUCAUGGCUGGAUCCACGACUUGCGAAAAAGGCUAAACCUCCAGAAGAGUGCAAAGAAAAUGAGCUUCCAUAUGGCUGGGAAAAAAUCGAUGAUCCCAUAUAUGGCACUUAUUAUGUUGACCACAUAAAUAGAAGAACACAGUUUGAAAACCCUGUCCUGGAAGCAAAACGGAAGCUACAGCAGCAUAACAUGCCCCACACGGAACUUGGAACCAAGCCCCUGCAGGCCCCAGGUUUCCGAGAAAAGCCGCUCUUCACCCGGGAUGCAUCCCAGUUGAAGGGGACGUUCCUCAGCACCACCCUGAAAAAGAGCAGCAUGGGAUUUGGCUUUACCAUCAUUGGCGGAGACGAGCCCGACGAGUUUCUGCAGGUGAAAAGUGUGAUUCCGGACGGGCCCGCAGCACAGGACGGGAAGAUGGAGACGGGUGAUGUCAUUGUCUAUAUUAAUGAAGUUUGUGUCCUUGGACACACCCAUGCAGACGUCGUCAAACUUUUCCAGUCGGUUCCUAUUGGUCAGAGUGUCAGCCUGGUGUUGUGUCGUGGCUACCCUUUGCCCUUUGACCCUGAAGAUCCUGCUAACAGCCUGGUGCCACCCCUUGCAAUAAUGGAGAGGCCACCUCCAGUCAUGGUCAAUGGCAGACAUAACUAUGAAACGUAUUUGGAAUACAUUUCUCGGACCUCACAGUCGGUUCCAGACAUAACAGAUCGGCCGCCUCAUUCUUUGCACUCCAUGCCAGCAGACGGGCAGCUCGAUGGCACGUAUCCACCGCCUGUCCAUGACGACAAUGUGUCUAUGGCUUCAUCUGGGGCCACCCAAGCUGAACUCAUGACCUUAACCAUUGUGAAAGGUGCCCAGGGCUUUGGCUUCACUAUUGCCGACAGUCCGACCGGACAGCGGGUGAAACAAAUACUUGACAUUCAGGGAUGCCCUGGCCUGUGCGAAGGCGACCUCAUUGUUGAGAUCAACCAGCAGAAUGUACAGAACCUGAGCCAUACAGAAGUAGUGGAUAUACUUAAGGACUGUCCCAUUGGAAGCGAGACUUCUUUGAUUAUCCAUCGAGGAGGUUUCUUUUCUCCAUGGAAAUCUCCAAAGCCUAUCAUGGACCGAUGGGAGAAUCAAGGCAGUCCUCAGACGAGUUUAUCUGCUCCGGCCAUACCACAGAACCUGCCCUUCCCACCCGCUCUUCACAGGAGCUCCUUUCCUGACUCAACAGAGGCCUUUGACCCCAGGAAGCCUGACCCAUAUGAGCUCUACGAGAAAUCUAGAGCCAUUUAUGAAAGUAGGCAACAAGUGCCAACAAGGACCAGUUUUCGAAUGGAUUCCUCUGGUCCAGACUAUAAGGAGCUGGAUGUUCAUCUUCGUAGGAUGGAGUCUGGAUUUGGCUUCAGAAUUCUCGGAGGAGAUGAGCCUGGACAGCCUAUUUUGAUUGGAGCCGUCAUUGCCAUGGGCUCAGCCGACAGAGAUGGCCGCCUACACCCUGGAGAUGAGCUCGUCUAUGUCGAUGGGAUCCCAGUGGCGGGCAAGACCCACCGCUAUGUCAUCGACCUUAUGCACCACGCAGCCCGGAACGGGCAGGUCAACCUCACUGUGAGAAGAAAGGUGCUAUGUGGAGGGGAGCCCUGCCCAGAGAACGGGAGGAGCCCAGGCUCCGUAUCAACCCACCACAGCUCUCCACGCAGUGACUACGCCACCUACACCAACAGCAACCACGCUGCCCCCAGUGGCAGCGCCUCUCCCCCGGAAGGCUUCGCGUCCCACAGCCUGCAGACCAGCGACGUGGUCAUUCACCGGAAAGAGAACGAAGGCUUCGGCUUCGUCAUCAUCAGCUCCCUGAACAGGCCUGAGUCCGGGUCCACUAUAACUGUGCCCCAUAAAAUCGGACGCAUCAUUGAUGGGAGUCCUGCAGAUCGCUGUGCAAAGCUCAAAGUGGGAGACCGGAUCUUAGCGGUGAACGGCCAGUCGAUCAUCAACAUGCCUCACGCAGACAUCGUGAAGCUGAUCAAGGACGCGGGUCUCAGUGUCACCCUUCGCAUCAUUCCUCAGGAGGAGCUCAACAGCCCCGCCUCGGCGCCCAGCUCCGAGAAGCAGAGCCCCAUGGCCCAGCAGCACAGCCCCCUGGCCCAGCAGAGUCCUCUGGCCCAGCCGAGCCCAGCCACCCCCAACAGCCCUGUCACCCAGCCAGCUCCUCCUCAGCCACUGCAACUACAGGGACAUGAAAAUAGUUACAGGUCAGAAGUAAAAGCAAGACAAGAUGUGAAACCGGACAUCCGACAGCCUCCAUUCACAGACUACAGGCAGCCCCCCCUGGACUACAGGCAGCCCCCAGGGGGUGACUACCAGCAGCCCCCACCCUUGGACUACAGGCAACCUCCGCUGCUGGACUACAGACAGCACUCCCCCGACACCAGGCAGUACCCUCUGUCAGACUACAGGCAGCCCCAGGACUUUGAUUAUUUCACCGUGGACAUGGAGAAAGGAGCCAAAGGAUUUGGGUUCAGCAUUCGCGGAGGAAGGGAGUACAAAAUGGAUUUGUACGUGUUGAGGUUGGCAGAAGAUGGGCCGGCAGUAAGGAACGGAAGGAUGAGGGUAGGAGAUCAAAUCAUUGAAAUCAAUGGGGAGAGCACCAGGGACAUGACACAUGCCAGAGCAAUAGAACUCAUCAAGUCGGGAGGAAGAAGAGCGAGGCUGCUGCUGAAGCGCGGGACGGGGCAGGUCCCGGAGUAUGACGAACCCGGCGCCUGGAGCGGUCCCGCUGCCGCCGCCGCAGGUCUGCAGGAAGUAGGCGCCCCCCUCGAGGACGUCCUCUCGCCAUUCUCUCCAUCGCAUCCAGCCCCACCCUCCGACCCUUCCCACCAGAGAAGCCCAGACCCGACUGGGGAGAUCCAAAGGGAGCACGACGUUAGGAAACCAAAGGAGCUGGCGGCCGGCGGCCAGAAGAAGCAGCGCCCGGGGGCGCAGAGGGAGCGCUCGGCCAGCCCGCGGAGGGCCGCGCGGCCGAGGCUCGAGGAGGCGCCCGGCGGCCAGGGGCGGCCCGAGGCCGGCAGGCCCCCCUCGGAGGCCCGGGCGCCCGGGCGCGCGGCGGCGGACGCGGCGGACACGGCGCGGGCCGGCGGGCCGGAGGGGCCCCGAGCCGCCGCGGGCCCCGAGCUCGGCCGCCGCGAAGGCCCGGGCGCGGCGCCUGGGUUCGCGGGCCCGGGAGGCGGCGGCGGCGCGCGGGAGGCCGAGGGCCGGGCGGGCGCGCGCGCGGGACCCCGGCCGGGCGCGCGGCCUCCGGGGGGCGCCCCUGCGCGCAAGGCGGCGGUGGCGCCGGGGCCCUGGAAGGUGCCGGGCUCCGACAAGCUGUCCGGGGUCCUCCAGCCCGGCGCCUCGGCCGCGGGCAGAUGAGCCCCAGCCCGCCGCCCCGCCCGGACGCCCGCCGGCCCCGCUCCGGUCCGUCUGCGGGCGUUUUAAUUUAUUGUCACUGUCACGCGCAUCGAUCCGCGCGCGCCGAGGCCUGGGGGCGUCCACGCGCAGACCUAACUGAUCCUAAAGCCCCCGGUUCCGCUGGGGGGGCUUGGGCAGCUACGGAAGAACCAAAACAACGUGAAGAGCAUCACGGAGAGACAAUGCAGUGUAGCUUUAGUUUAAAAAGAAAGAAAGAAAGAAAAAAUAUUCCCCCACUGCAUGAAGGAUCUGGACGUCAUCCAAACUUUCUAUUCAAGAGACUGGACCGAUUAAGAGCAAUCACAAACUGGAAUAUCGCCUUAAAAUUCAAACUGCACGGAGCAAGCUGAAGCUGAGACAAGAUUAUAUCUUUUAAUUGAUCUAAAGAGUUGUAAAUAAAUCGUUCUUGACCUAUCUAGACAGGGGUUAAAAGGUUUCUUUGAAACAUUCGGAACUGUCCGCUCAUGCCGUUCCAUGGCUCACCCGAGGCACCCAUCCCUGGUGUGAGCAGCGACGUUCCCUGCGUAGCGCAGGGUGAGUUAGAGAUCUAGUGAAUCCAUUGGUAUGAUGCCAUUUGUACCGCCAUUUCUGCGAUCAAAUCAUCUUUCUGUACAUUUUCAGCAGUAGAGAAAAAAGGUUUUAAAAAUUGUAUCCUAGGGAACCGUUCGCCGUAAGUCAGAAUUCUGCAGUUUAGCUCAUAGAUCUCAAUUGGUUUCAUCUAAAAUACGCAUUUUGAUCAUUGAAGGACCACGAUUUGUUUAGCCAUGAUUGGCAACGCUGCAGUUCCUGUGUGAAAAGGCUUUCCUAUUGUCUCAGGCUAGCAGAGGUAGUAGCUUCUUUGACAGCGAUGUUGUAUUUCACUUAUAUUAUUGUCUUUUUUAAAAAACCCCUUUCCAUGACUUCAUUUUCACUUUCAUAGAGCAGAGACGAAGUACUUCUCCAAUAUUUCUCAGAUUAUGAUGAAUCCCUGAUAUUUAAAAAAAUCACUAUUAUGACCAAUUUAUUUUCAUUAAAGAACAUAAAUCUUUUUAGCAUUCCUUUCUGCUUAUCUUUCUUUCCUUAUUCUUUCUCCGUGUAUCUCCAUUUGCUUUGCUUUUCGUUCUGGUGGUGGUUGCCAAAUUUUAUUUCUUUAGCAAGCUCUAGAUGUUUCUGUUUACCUUCAUUGAUCUAUGGUUGAUCCCCCAGUAAAAUUUUAAGGCUUGGCUUUCUUCCCUGCUGUUAUAAAAUUUCUUCGGGGGGG